CCCUCCCUCCCGGCGCCGCGCGGGGCUCCCGCCCGCUGACACCGCCGAGGCGGCUGCACGGCGCGGCCGAGAGCGGCGGGGCCGCCCGGGGAUGGCCGCCGGGGCCCCCCCCGCCCAGCGCCGCCGCUGAGACAGCAGCGGGGCCCGGCCGCACAGGAUCUAAUCUGGCUACUGUGCUCGGGAAGAGGAGGAGAGCGAGCCAGCAGGAGCGAUUGGAGAGCGCGAGGACCAUCGCAGAUAAGGAGCCCGCGCCAUGCAGUCCUUUCGAGAAAGGUGUGGUUUCCAUGGCAACCAGCAGAGCUACCAGCCGACUUCACAAGAUACAUCACGCCUGGAGAAUUACAGGCAUCAAAGUCAGGCAGGGCCGAACUGCGAGCGGCAGAGGCUGGUGGCGAAGGAGUACUACAGUCAGCAGCAACUGCCGUACUCGGGCUACGAGAACAGCGCCGUGGAGAAAUACCACCGGGGAAACAAGCAAUUAGCAGGGCAGCAGCUGCAAGGCAGGCCGGCCUUUUCCAAUUACGCCGUGCAGGAGAACAGCCCCUACCCUGCCCGCUAUUCGGGGGACGAGAGCCUGCAGGCGUGGGGUGGCCAACCGCAGGCGCUGCCCGGCGGCGUGGCCAAGUAUGAGGAGAGCCUGAUGAAGAAGACGGCGGCGGCGCUGGCGGGCGGGCGGCCGUACCAUGAGCCAGCAGCCCCCUCGCUGCCCUUCCGGACUCACUUCCAGCAGCAGCAGCAGCAGCAGCAGCCGCCCGCGCUCCCUUACCCCAAGCUGCAGCGGCAGAAGCUGCCCAACGACGUCUCCUCGCCCAUGCCCUUCUCGCAGAGCCCGCACUUCGGGCAGCACUCGCAGUCCUUCCCCGCUUCCUCCACCUACUCCUCGGUGCCGGGGGGCAGCCAGCCCGCACACUCCUAUAAGAGCUGCACGGCUCCCUCGGGGCAGCCGCCGCUGGAGCGGCCCCUGAGCAGCGCCGCCAGCCUGGCCCCUGGUCCCCGUGUGCCCAACAUGCACGGUUACCAGCCCAACCGCAUCGGCUACGAGCAGCCGCCGCAGCCGCCGCCACAACCACCGCAGCCACCGCCGCAGCCGCCACAGCCUCCGCAGCCGCCGCAGCCACCGCAGCCCUUGCAGGGGCGGCACCAUGCCCCGGAGACCCUCCACUACCAAAACCUGGCCAAGUACCAACAUUACAACCAGCCCGGGCAGACCUAUUGCCAGGGCGAUGCGCCGCCGGUCCGGACGCCGGAGCAGUACUACCAGACCUUCAGCCCCAGCGCCAGCCACUCGCCGGCUCGCUCCGUCGGCAGGUCCCCGUCCUACAGCUCCACUCCUUCCCCGCUGAUGCCCAACCUGGAGAACUUCCAGUACAGCCAGCAGCCGCUGAGCGCCGGCGCCUUCCCGGCCGGCAUCGCCGACCACAGCCACUUCAUGCCGUUGCUGAACCCUUCUCCCACCGACGGGACGAGCCCCGAUGCUCAAUCUGGCAACUGUAAGAACAUGCAGAAGGAGAAGCUGCCCGAAAACCUGCUGUCGGACCUGAGCCUGCAGAGCCUGACGGCGCUCACCUCCCAAGUGGAGAACAUCUCCAACACUGUCCAGCAGUUGCUGCUCUCCAAAGCGGCCGUGCCACAGAAAAAGGGCAUCAAGACGCCAGCGAGGACCCCGGAGCAGCUCAAGGGGCAGCACUGCAGUCCUGAGAGCAGCACCUACUCGGCGGAGCAGGUGGGGACCCCACUGUCCGACCCACUGAGCACCCCUCAGUCCGUCCACGCUGAGGCCCAAGACGCUGACUAUCUCAGCGGGUCGGAGGAUCAGUUGGAGAGGAGCUUUUUGUACUGCAACCAGAACCGCAGCCCUGCCCGCGUCAACAGCAACUCCAAGGCGAAGCCCGAGUCCGUGUCCACGUGCUCUGUGACGUCCCCGGAUGACAUGUCCACCAAAUCCGACGAUUCCUUCCAGAGCAUCCACGCCAGCCUGCCCCUGGAGUCCUUCACCAAGUACGUGACCAACGAACGGGACUGUCCCCGGCUGCUCCUCAGCGCCCUGUCCCAAGAGGAGCUGGCUUCCGAGAUCAUCGUCCUGCAGGAUGCCAUCAACGAGAAGGCGGAUAAAGCCUGGGCCAACUUGCCCAUGCUCAACAAGGAGGCCACCAAGUCCCCCUUCCAGCUGGAGAACCACCGGCCCUGCCUGGACUCCAUGGUGAAGGGUGCCUGGCCCAGUCAGGGUGACUCCAGCACGCUCACCGAGCCCCUUAAGAUGGACAAGGCUUCAGGAGCCAACGCGGGGAAGGAAUUCAGUGAGGAGGUGUACGAGGGUCCGCAGGUAGAGUUCACAGCCGCCGAAACCAAGGACUCAUUGAAGGAUGCUGCUCCACUCGCUUUCAACUCCAAACCCAACAUCCCUGCGGCGACGUCGAGCGCGGGAGCCCCCGGCUAUAGCUGCUACUCCAACACCACUGCCAACUCGGUGGGGUCUGAGAGCACCAUAGAGAACUUCGAUUGGCCAGAGGAGAGCCUGGGCGAUGCGUGCCUGCGGUGGAAGGAGCUGCAAGCCACCGAGCUCCCCAAGGCCUUGUUCCCCAAUAAACUGGUGGGGUCCUGCAAGGAGAAAAAAAAUGCCUGUGGCUUGGAUCUGUGUGAUGGAGAGCAGCCGGCCAAGAGCGAGCCGGACAGGGACUAUGGUCAGCAGGAGGAGGAGGAGGAGACGCUGACCUACGAUGAAGCGGCGAAGGCAGACAGCGAGAGGUGGCUGCAGGACACCCGGCACUGCUGCUCGGCCGGGGACUUCAGUGAGAUCCCCAUCAUCUCCUCGCCGGAGCUGAAGGAGUCAGACCUGGAGGCAGAGGAGUACUCGUCGCUGUGCGAGCUGGCCGGCUCGGAGCAGAAGUCGGUGGCAUACGAUGCCUCGCCACCCAAGCCCCCCGAGAUGCCUGCGGUGCUGUCCUCCAGCGAGGUGCCCGUGUCCGCCGAGGAGACCGUGAGCACGGUGGAGAAGGAGAACUCGGCUCCCGCUGCACGUCUGUCCGGUCAGUCCGUCAUCCUGCUGGGCCCCGCUGUGGGCACAGAGACCAAGGUGAAGAGCUGGUUCAAGUCCUCCCUGCCGCACAUCCAGCCUGAGGAGGAGAGCGGCGCGGGGGACGCAUCCCACCCGGAGGCGGCUGAUGCUGAAUCCACCCCGUCGGUCGCAGUGAAGCAGCAGCUCACCCCUGAAAACGCGUUGGGGAAGGCAGAGCCCGUCUCACGGGGCAAAAGCCUCCGCAACAAGAGGGUCCAUUGCCGGCUGCCGGAGGGGGACAGCGCGGGCAGCGCCGUGCUGAGCCCCUUUGAUGAUGGGCCUGCAACCGGUGGCGUAGCCAGCGCUUGCCUCGGACCGGACAGCCAAGCAGAGGUACCAAGCAAGAGCACCCACAGCCAGACCCCCCGGUUCCCAGCCGAGGGCUUGCCAGCGCGCAUGUGCACCCGGUCCUUCACCGCCCUCGCCGAACCCCGUGCCCCAGCCCCGUUGGAAGGGCUGAAAGCCCCCACGCACCAGGAGAAGCUGGGCAAGAAGCCGGCUUGCGGCGCGAAGCAGCGGGUGGCCUUCAAAGCCAGGAAGCGCAGCAGCCGGCCGGCCCCCAAAGUGGUCCAGGGCACCGGGGACACCGCGCUGCUGGUGCCCGGCUUGGUGGUGGCGGAGGAGGUAGUGGGGCCGACACCGUUAGAGGGGGAUGCGGUGGAUGGCGGGGAGAGGGACCAGCGGUCGAUGAUCCUGCGCUCGCGGACCAAGGCGCAGGAGGUGUUCUACACCAAGAGGCAGCGGGGCAAGCGGGCGGCUGAUGUGCGGCUCAAGAACUGCAAGGUGCCCAAGAAGCUCAUCGCCAACAACCACCUCCCGCCCGCGUUCAAGCUGGCGGCCCCGGGCAGCCCGCAUAAGGAGGGCAAGGUGGGUGCCCGGAUGAAGCUGCCCAAAGCGGGGCCGGGCGUCGGGGGCAAGUUGUCCGAGCGGCCCCUGCACUCGCUGAAGAGGAAAUCCACCUUCAUGUCCCCCAUCCCUGCCAAGAAGAGGAACCUGGUCUUGCGGAGCAACAGCGGUGGCGUGAAGGAGGAGAAACCGGAGGCCCCCCCCAGCCUCUUCAAGAAGAUGCCGGUGGCCAAGAAGGUGAAAACCAAGCUGCCCCCCAAGUCCUCCGGCGAAGCCAUCCCAAAACCCCCUCCUCCAAAGGAGGCCCCUGAUGUCUGCAUCAAGAUCACGUCGCGGGCGGCCUUCCAGGAGGCCACCAAGACCAAAGUGCUGCCUCCCCGCAAGGGCCGCGGCCUCAAGCUGGAGGCCAUCGUGCAGAAGAUCACCUCUCCCAACCUGAAGAAGUUCUCCUGCAAACCGGUGGUGGCGACGGCCACAGCCUACGGCACCUCACUGAGCCCUAUGGAGCGGGUGAAGCACACCGGGGUGGCCGGUGACGCGCGGUUGCCCAAGCCGGUGUCGGCACAGAAGGCACCGACCGUGCCGGGGGCAGAGCAGCUCUGCCGCAACCCCAACGGCCGAGCGCCCAAGGGGAAGCUGGGCGCUGGGAAGAAGCUCUCUGCUGAUAACUGCCAUGGCGAGGCGUGCGCGCCGGCGGCUCAGCCCGGCUCCACCGUGGUGGCCAAGAGCCUGGGGCUGCUGCCCAAGAAGAGGAACCGCAAGGGCAAAGCGGCGGCGCUGGGCAUGGCCAAGGCGCCCUUGGUGCCCGCGCUGUGCCCGCUGCGGGCGGGCGGCGGGGAGGAGGCACCGCGCGAGGGCAAGAAACCAAAGAGCGAGGAGAAGGAGAUGGGUGAGGGCUCCCCCGAAGGACGCACCGCGGCCGGACCAGCGCGGGGCCCGAAGCCCCGGGCCAACCACUCCAACUACAACGGCUACUCCAAGCGGCAGCGCAAGCGCCUGGGGCACGGCAAAGCCAAGGCGGUGCCGGCGCGGUGCAAGAGCCGCGGCAAGCGGCGGCGGCAGCCCCAGCAAGCCCCGUUGGUGCAUCCCGCCGAGCCCGAGAUCCGGCUCAAGUACAUCUCCUGCAAGCGGCUGCGUGCGGACAGCCGCGCUCCCCACUUUGCUCCCUAUGUCCGCGUGGAGCGGCGCGGCGAGUUCACCACCGCCUGCACCGUCAUCAACACCCCCGGCGAGGAGGCACGGCUGCAACGGGGACCGGCCGGGCCGGCGCCGCGGCCGCGGGCAGCGCUGCCCGCCUCCUCCACCAUGCACAUGGGGCCGGUGGUGUCGAAGGCGCUGAGCGCUGCCUGCUUGGUGUGCUGCUUGUGCCGCAACCCCGCCAACUAUAAGGACCUGGGGGACCUCUGCGGGCCCUACUACCCCGAGGACUGCCUGCCCAAGAAGAAGUCGCGGCUGAAGGAGAAGGCGCGCGUGGAUGAGGAUGCUCUCGCUGCCGAGCGGGCAUCCCGAGGGAUGGAGGGCGGCUGCGGUGCCGGCGCGAAGGCGGCGCGGCCGGAGGGUGGUGCCGAGGCGGGCAAGCAGAGCUCGCUGCGCUCCAGCCCGCGGGGCAUGUUCCGGAGGCUGCAGAGCUGCUACUGCUGUGACGAGAGGACAGAGGGCGAGGAGGCGGCCGAAAAGCCCCGGCGGCACGAAUGUCACAAGGCUGAGUCCCCGCCGCAGGAGCCGGUGGGAGACACGCAGGAGCAUUGGCUGCACGAGGCUUGUGCCGUAUGGACCGCUGGGGUUUUCCUGGUGGCGGGGAAGCUCUACGGGCUGCAGGAGGCUGUCAAGGCGGCUGCCGACCUGAAGUGCUCGAGCUGCCAGCAAGCGGGAGCCACCGUGGGCUGCUGCCAGAAGGGGUGUCCCCACACCUACCACUACGCAUGUGCCGUCGACACAGGUUGCUUCUUAACUGAAGAGAGCUUCUCUCUGAAAUGUCCCAAACACAAGAGGCAGCCGGUGUAGCGCCCCGCGGGCACCCGCCCCGGCCGCCAGCGAGGGACCGGCAGAGGAGGCAGCGCCCGGGGAGCGGGGCCGGGAUUUACCGGGAUGCACCGGGCCGUACCGGCCUCUAUCGGGCAGUACCGGGCUGUACCGGGAUGCACCGGGCCAUACGGGGCUGUACCGGACCGUACCGGGCUGUACCGGGCAGUACCGGGCUAUACGGGGCCGUACCGGGGCUGUACCGGGUACGCGCAGCGCUGCCGCCCCGUUCCCCCCCCCACAGCCCGUUCCGAGCGGGCAGAGCCAGCGCCGGGUUUUCCCCCUCGCCGGGCCCCGGCAAAACCCGGCGUGGCCGUCAGGGAUUCGGAACGGGAUCCCCCGGCCCGCGAUCGCUGCACAGGGGGGAGAGGGGGAGGGAUGGGAGGAGAAAAGGGGGGUACAAAGGGGGGGGGGGGCGGGGGUCCCGGCGAUGUUGUCUUACUGUGGGGCCGCCGGGCCCCGCUGUGGGUCCCGGCUCCCCAUAUCUCACACUGAUCUGAUCUGAGAUGUUGCCUUCAGCAAACCUCACGGUGUCUGUCUGUAUAUACGUGCAGAGGAAAAGAGUCAAAAAUAGACAAAAAAAAAAAAGACAAAAAAAAAAAGGACAAAAUCCCAUAAAAAAAAAAGGACAAAAAAAAAUAGAGACAAACCAACGGCCUGCUGUUUGAAACACCACUCUGCUUUAUCCGUUCCCUCCUCCAUCUCCUGUCUGCCCCAAACCAUCCCUGGGUACCAGACCCUGUGUUGGGGUGAUGGGCUCUUGGCUUGGGCUGGGGGGCACCCAUUGCCUCCAAACCACGGCCCAUUGCACCCGUCACCCUCCCGCUCCAUGGGGUGCUGGCACUGAUGGGAUGGGGAUACUGGUCCUGCUCUAUGGGACCCCCAAAACCAUCCCUCUCGCUCUGCUUUGGAGUCGACAGCAUCUCCUCGUGGUGCUGGGCUUUGCUCCCUUUGCUUGUGCAGACCCCCAGGCUCUGGAUGCUGAACCCCACAAUUCCGGGUGCA